AUGAGGAAUAGGCAAAAUUGCAUGGCAACAGCAGUUACCUCAGGUGAAAUCACGCCCGAGGAAGAUGCUUUGCUCGAUAACUCGAACAGACCUGAUGGCGAAUGUUUGGGCACUUUCUCAACAAGACUUUCACUCCCACCACUGCUGACACCCCCAAGAAAUAAGGAGCUGGAAUCAUCUUUAGUUCCAGGUUCAAUAGGCUUAUCCUUACUGUCCUUUUUAUUCCUCGAGAAAAACAAACUCGAAACUUUUCCCUUAAAUGACGACUUUCUACUUCUAGCCUUUGCGAACAACUUCCAGUUUCCCAUUGUUCAAAACAACCGGAGUUUCCUCAUAAAGCCUAGUCCCGAACUGAGAAGAAGAAACGGGAACAGAUUUCGACCUCGUGAGAUUCCUUGGUGCUAUAUCAUUCUUCUUCGCAAGCAUCUCGCCCAGCGUACUCGAGCUCCGGCGUAUUUGCCUCUGUUCUUGACAGCUCCCAUUAGAUGCCAUCAGAGCCCACCUUUCAGAGAGUCGUUUUUUAGCCUCUCUACAGACAGAGGACUCAGGCGAAUAAGAUGCCCUGCUGAAAGAGGACGAGAAUGGGCUGCCUGGCAUGUUAUGCACGCAAUCCCACGAGUGCCGAGACAUGGGCGAAGUGGCUUCGGAAUCGCUGAGGUCACCAGCCGGAUACUCAAUCUCCGAUUUACCGAAAGAGCUCUCCUCAGCCAUGCAAAUGACGGUUUCGUCCCUGUGGUGGCUGCCGAGUUUCUCGCGCAUCUGGCUCGUGAUUGCUUUCGCGACUCGUCUCGACUCCCAAUUCUCGUUGUCUUCUACAUCUCCUAA